AGCAGACAUGCACUCGUGUGUGCGUUUGUGAGUGGGGCUCAUUGCUUCCUCGAGAGUUGGCGUGAAUGGGAUCUUUGUGUGCUGAUGUCAUCGUUCUUAGCAUACAGGCUAAAGUCUUGCAGACGCUUCAACAUGGCCAUUGUGGCAACACAGAGACAGCCCUACCCGGCUAGUUGGGGUCCUUUUUUUUAACAGCGCUGUGGAGGAUUAGCUGCUAACAUGCCGACUGUCGGAGUAAAAAGAGAUCUUCUCUUCAAAGCUUUGGGCAGGUCGUACACCGACGUGGAGUUUGACGAGCUUUGUUUUGAAUUUGGACUGGAGCUGGAUGAGAUUACCUCAGAAAAGGAGAUAAUUAGUCGAGAGCAGGGAGACUCCAAGGCGUCAGGUGCAUCUGAUGUCAUCCUGUACAAAAUUGAUGUACCCGCUAAUCGUUAUGACCUGCUCUGUCUGGAGGGACUGGUCCGUGGACUUCAAGUCUUCAGAAACAAGUUAGAGGCUCCUCGUUACAGGCGUGUCAGCCCAGUCAGCGGCGGGCCUCAGAGGCUCAUCAUUACUCCUGAGCCAUCAUCAGUGAGACCACAUGCUGUGGCAGCAGUGCUGAGGAACAUCACCUUCACACAGGAGCGAUAUGACAGCUUUAUUGAGCUGCAGGAGAAACUCCAUCAAAAUAUCUGCAGGAAGAGGAGUCUUGUUGCAAUUGGAACUCAUGAUUUGGACACCAUCUCUGGACCGUUCACGUACACGGCCAAAGCCCCCGGGGACAUCUGCUUCAAACCUCUGAACCAGAGCCAAGAGUACACUGCCUCUCAGCUCAUGAGCCUCUACAAGACAGACAGCCAUUUGAGACAUUACCUUCACAUUAUUGAAGACAAGCCUGUCUACCCUGUGAUUUAUGAUAGCAAUGGCGUUGUCCUUUCAAUGCCUCCCAUUAUUAAUGGGGAUCAUUCAAAAAUCACUCUUAAGACAAAGAAUGUCUUCAUUGAAUGCACCGCCACCGAUGUGACCAAGGCCAGAAUCGUCUUGGACAUGAUGGUGACCAUGUUCAGCGAGUACUGUUCACAGCCUUUCACUGUAGAGGAGGCUGAGGUGGUGUACCCAGAUGGCAAGACCUGCACAUACCCAGAGCUGGCGUACAGGAAGGAGAAGCUGUCCAGUGCGUUCAUCAACCAAAAAGUCGGCAUCAAUGAGUCGACCGAGAAACUCGCCCAGCUGCUCACCAGGAUGUGCCUGCGUUCGCAGCCUACUGGUGUUGGUGAUGAGAUUGAAGUUGAGAUCCCACCUACUCGCUCAGACGUCAUUCACGCCUGUGAUAUCAUGGAGGAUGCUGCCAUGGCCUACGGUUUCAACAACAUCACCCGCACCACACCUCGCACCUACACCGUAGCCAACCAGUUUCCACUGAAUAAACUGACAGAGCUGUUGAGACAAGACCUGGCAGCUGCAGGUUUUACAGAGGCCCUCAACUUUGCCCUGUGUUCCCAAGAUGAUAUCGCAGAUAAACUUGGGAAGAAGAUUUCAGAAACUAAGGCUGUUCACAUCUCCAACCCUAAGACAGCAGAGUUCCAGGUGGCGCGCACCACCUUGCUUGCAGGUCUUCUGAAGACCAUAGCGGCAAACAGGAAGAUGCCCCUUCCCUUAAAACUGUUUGAGAUCUCUGAUGUUGUCCUGCAGGACCCAACCAAAGAUGUUGGAGCGAGGAACAGUCGCCGUUUCUGUGCCGUUUACUACAACAGGAGCCCAGGCUUCGAAGUGAUCCACGGUCUCCUGGACCGGACCAUGCAGCUGCUGGAGGUGAAGCCGGGCCGGGGUGAAGGCUACCACAUCCAGGCUUCAGACGAUUCCACCUUUUUCCCAGGCCGUUGUGCCGAGAUCUUUGUGCACGGAAAGAGCGUUGGGCGUCUCGGAGUCCUCCACCCCGACGUUAUCAACCGUUUUGAGCUCACGCUGCCCUGCUCUGCCCUGGAGAUGGACAUCGAGCCUUUCCUGUGAUUUUUUUACCUUUCUAAUCCCAUCUUCUAAAAAUGCAAAUAAUCAAAUCAUUUUUAAGGGUCCAAAUUGUCAUUCCGGCCAAAUAAUGUGUUUGAAAAAUCGAGUUCUUUUUUUUCUGAUUUCAUCCCUAUUAAGGGCUUAACUGAGCAGACCAGUGUAGAUAACAUCAUUCCAUGAUUCAUUUGUGGCCCUUUUUAUUAUACUGUCUGAAACCAGAGCAUAAUUUCUGGUUCAUAAAGAAAGCCCAUGUUCAUAUUUGGAAAAAGGGAACAAAAGAAAAAUAUUUAUAACAUUUAAAAAAUAUUUAUAAAUGAUUGGUAAAAUGGCCAAAUUAUUAUUGAAAAAACGUCUGCUCGUCGUUGACCUUGCAGCAGUUCACUGUGGAGCGUUUGUGUUUUACUAACUAACUAAAAGUUCGAAGAAUUAAAAGUUAACACAACGUU